AUUGGGGGGAAAGAGACGGGCGUAGUAAGAAAGAAGUAAUAAAAAGUGAUCAUGUGUGCGUGGUCGGAGCGUGGUGGCAGGGGGCGGCGGCAGGCCCCUCCCCGGGCUCGCUCGGCCUCAGUCGCCGUCUCUCCGCGCCGCGCCGCACCGGGCCCGAUUACCGCACCGCACACUUACCGCGUAAAAAGUUUUCACCGAUUUCCCGAAACUUGAACGGAGAAUAAAUGUGCUGAAAAUUUAAAAGCUCUUGUUUUAGACUGCUUUGUUGCAACUGAACUGUCUCGUUUUCAUUGUGAAUUUUAGAAAUAUAUCUGUGAUUUAGUAUCUUUGUAUUUUUUUUCGCAAAAAAACUUAGAGAAAAUCUAUUCAAGAUAUUAAUUCCUAAACAAAGAUCACCUUCACCCACGUGCACCAGAACCACUGACCACCAGUACGUCAUCCAGGUUAUGCGCCCCGAUGGGAUGUUCAGACGGUGAUACUCUGGGCGCGCAGGCGGUCAACUUGAUGCUGUUGCAAGGGGAGCGGCAGGGGCCCGCCAUGGACGAGGAGUGCUCCGCCCGGCCCUGCGCCACGGACUUCUCCAUCGCCGCCAUCAUGGCCCGCGACCGGCAGGAGCGCCGCGAGCGCCGCCGCCACAGAGACCCUCGGGAGGACACCUUGACACCGCUAGAAAAAUUCGUGGACGCCGCCGCAUCAGGCUCGGGCUCCCCGUCCCCGCCCCUGGACUUCGAGCGAGACUCGCCCGUGGACGUCUCCUCCACGUCCGAGGCAGGGUCCGCGCCCGGGGGCUCCCGCGCCGUGUCCCCCCCGCCCCGCAACCCGCAGCUCAUGGAGCGCUGGUCCAGCGAGGAGAUGCGUCACAUACAGUGCCAUCUGGAGACCAAGGAGCUCUGGGACAAGUUCAACGAUUUGGGCACUGAGAUGAUUAUCACGAAGACUGGCAGGCGGAUGUUCCCGACGGUGCGCGUGUCGUUCGUGGGGCUGGCGGGCGGCGCGCGCUACGCCGUGCUGCUGGACGUGGUGCCGGUGGACGGCAAGCGCUACCGGUACGCGUACCACCGCUCCUCGUGGCUCGUGGCCGGCAAGGCGGACCCGCCCGCCCCCGCGCGCCUCUACCCGCACCCCGACUCGCCCUUCUCCGCCGACCAGCUGCGCAAGCAGGUCGUCUCCUUCGAGAAGGUCAAGCUCACUAAUAAUGAGAUGGACAAGAAUGGACAGCUGGUAUUAAAUUCGAUGCACAAGUACCAGCCCAGGAUCCACCUGGUGCUGCGGCGCGAAGGCGCCAUCAACGCACCAAUCACAGACCUCGAGCAGGAGGAGUUCAAGACCUUCAUAUUCCCCGAGUGCGUCUUCACCGCAGUCACCGCGUAUCAGAACCAAUUGAUAACGAAGCUGAAAAUCGACAGCAAUCCUUUUGCUAAGGGAUUCCGUGACUCGUCACGUCUCACUGAAUUUGAAAGAUUUUAUAUCGCUCCCGGAGAGCUCGACCGCUCAGUCUACCCCGAUGAAGCGCGGAUCUGCGCGCCGAGCUAUAGGGAGACGAUGGAGUCGAUGCUGGCGGAGCAGCACUACCUGCGCUCGCCGCUGCGGCCCUUCGACCUGGACCAGCACAACAACAACCUCACGCUGGAGGAGAAGGCGAUCCUGGCGGCGCGCUCGCAGCUGUUCCUGCGCGCGGCCUACCCGCUGUACGGCGUGCCGGCGGCCGCGCUGUGGGGGCAGUGGGCCUGCCUGGCGCCGCAGCUCCUGGCGCAGCAGCACCUGGCCGGCGGCUCGGGCCUGCAGCUGCCGCGGCCCGUGUACCCCGGCGCCCCCGCGCCCCCCGCGCCGCUCGCGCAGCACCGCUUCUCCCCGUACCCCGCGCGCCGCGCCUCGCCCGGCUCCUCGCCCGACAGCCUGCGCGACGCCUCCCCGCACCCGCUGCCGCUCACGCCGCACCCCCCGCACACCCCGCACAACCCGCACAGCCCCACUUAGUCCACCAACACCCUCACCUCGACUUGAAGAUCUCUGAUGUAAGAUAUAUGCUCGCAUUCAAAGUGAAUAGCAUAAUGGGUGCAGAACCUGUCUUGUAUGUCUUUAUGCAAGAUUGUUGUAUUUCGAAUGAAAGCCAACUCAAGUAUAGUUUUCAACCGGGAAAUGAUCGUUUUAUGGAUAUUAAAGUGUUAAAAAAACAAAGUGCGCGCCCCGGGCGAGACCCUUGUGGCCACAAGUGUAAUUAUUGAACUUACAAACUAUUGAAUGGCCCCGGCUUUUGUGAAUAUUCCAACUCGAGCAAUCCACUAGACACUGUGUAUUAUAAUGUAAAAAUAUAAUAAUAAUAUUAUUUAAAUGUAGAUUUAGAUAUAGCUCUAAAUUAUUGUUAAAUGUUCCUAAUAGUUUGGUCUUGUAGUGAGGAUUUCCGUAUUGUAUAGCACUAUUAUAUUAUAGAAAUGUGACGCAUUUAGCUCCGUGUCUAUUUUACUCUUCUUAAUUAAUGAUUGUGCUUUGUUCAAUUGAAAAUCUUGGUCCUCGUUUGUAUUUUAAACCAAAUUACCUAAACUUAGAACACAUUCUGAAUGGCUGAAAUUCAGAUUUAUUAGAGAAAAUGUGCAAUAUAAGUAUUAUACUAUAAACUCAAGAAUUUAAAUGUUUAGUAAAUAUUAGGAAUCUUUGUAAGAAUAAGUAACAUAAAUUUUAGAACUUUUAUUUAUUCUUGCAUAUAAAUUUGUUGCCGUUUUCAUGAAAACAUGACAAAAGAAAAAUGACACGUAUAGAAUGUACCAACUUAGCUAUUACCUAGUUAAAAUUAUAGUUAUGAUAAAUAAUAUAUUGCUAAAAUAUGUAAAUAAAACAUUAAAUGUUUGUUAACAGAA